UCAAUAUCUAAUAUGAAUCUGAAAAGAGUAAACCCCCCACAGAACAAGCAACAAUGGCCGCUUCCGCUUCCACCAUGGCUCUAUCCUCCCCGUCGCUUGCCGAAACGGCAGUUAAGCUCUCCCCGGAGAUCCUCGGAACUGGCCGGGUCUCCAUGAGAAAGACUGUGACCAAGCCUGUCUCAUCCAGAAGCCCGUGGUACAGCCCCGACCGUGUUAAGUACUUAGGUCCGUUCUCUAGCGAGCCCCCGAGCUACAUGACUGGCGAGUUCCCUGGUGACUACGGGUGGGACACUGCGGGGCUCUCUGCCGACCCCGAGACCUUCGCCAAGAGCCGUCAGCUCGAGGUGAUCCAGUACAGGUGGGCCAUGUUGGGUGCCUUAGGAUGUGUCUUCCUAGAGCUCUUGGCCAGGAACGGAGUCAAGUUUAGUGAGGCUGUGUAAUUCAAGGCUUGUGCCCAGAUCUUCAGCGAGGGCGGGCUCGACUACCUAGGAAACCCAAGCCUGAUUGACAAGGAGUCCAGCUGAUAUGAUCCAGUUAGAAGACCCUUCGCAAGGGCAUGAAGAAGAAUCCAAGGAUGACAGGGUCGGGCAUGAAGGCGAGCUUUGGGAUAAGCAUGUGCCAGCUAGAGCAAGUACAAGAGCACGAGCCAAGCGAAUCCAACAAGUCAUGCAAAGGCUGUUAUUGCAUGUCCAUGAAGGAGAAGUCGAGCUCUUGGGCGAGCUGCAUGUGCAACAAGAAGCCACGACCGUUCAUAUCCUAGAAAUCUAUUUAGAAGAUGAUUUCAGUUUAUAAGGGCUGAAUUUAGUUGUUUUUCAAUUACUUGGGCCUAUUUCAUUUUUGGGCUCAUUACACUUAGGAUUUAUUUUAGUCCAGUCCAAUAGCCCAAUUAGGUUAUCAACUAGUAUUUCUUUAUAAAUAGGCAUGUGGCCUCCCUAGAGAAGAGAGAUCAGUUUUCAUUCAACUUUGUGAGAGAGAUUUUCUCCGAGCUGUUGCUCAACAACUUUGCGGAUAUUGCAAGUGUGAUAACUUGUGAUUCCCGACAGUUAUAAUAUUGGUUUCUAGCUCUUUAUAGUUAGCGAGUCAAUAUUCCGUUCAUAAUAUUGGUUUGUGGCUCUUUAUAGUUA